CUAUGUACAAAUACGUGUAAGACCGGAGCAUGCCAUGGAUCCUGGCAAACGACUUCCGCAAACUGGAUCCUAACAUCUUGGCUUCUGUCUCACUGGUCAAGACUUGUCAGUAAAACGCAGUGCAGUCAACUGGCAGCCCCAUCUUGGGGACGCGCGGGACUAUCCGCAAGCAGGACGGGAAUUGCGGAUGUGCCGCAUAUGCUCCCAGGCAAGGAUCAUGGUGAUCGUAGAAGAAUCAUUGGCGACGAAAAGGGGAGCGCUAAACCAGCGGUGGAGGAGAAUCCAGCGAAACUUCUUGAAGCUGUGGAUAACGGCUAUGUAACAGCAGACGAAUGCAGCAUGAGGACAUCAUGGUGGUUCGGCCAUAAGGUGACGAAAGGGGCGGGAAGAGACUCAUGCUACGGCGCCGAGACCAAUGAAGUUUGA